AACUCGAAAAACUUGUGUAAGAGGUGGUAUAAUAUCUACUGGAAAUCCCUGUCCCAUAUGUAGGGACGAAUAUCUUGUAUUUGAUCAUAGAAAUGUCAAGUUACUUGAACAAUUUAUCAGCAAAUACAAUGGAGAAAUUCUAAGUUACUCACAAACAAGUAUUUGUCAAAAGAGACACAAAGAACUCGAAAUUGCGUUAAUGAGGGCCAAGGAUUAUGGAAUUAUUACAUUCGAUGUUCCUAUAAGACAAUACAAUUAUUUUGAGUGGAAACAGAACAAAUAAAAUCGAUUAACAUAUAUAUAUAUAUAUAUAUAUACUUCUCUAUUAAAUAUGGAUAAAUCCAAAGCAUAUACGGGAAAAAAAAUAGAAUCCACCUUUGUCAUAGUCGGAGGUGGUAUAGCUGGAGUAUCCUGCGCUGAAGGAUUAAGCUUUCUUGCUCCAGAAGAAAGUAUAAUCUUAAUUACUGCUAGUCCUUUGAUAAAAGCCGUGACAAAUAUAGUUCCAUUAGGCAAAACAUUAAUACAUUUUGAUGUAGAAGAGAAAAGUGCAACAGCCUUAGACGAGAAACAUAAGAUGUUAAAAGUGAUUCAUGAUACUGUAGUCAAGAUUGAUACUAUUAGAAAAUUAGUAGAAAUUAGCAAUGGAAAGACUAUAAGUUUCAAAAUGUUGUGCCUUUGUACUGGCGCGAAACCGAAGUUAAUUGCAGAAAACAAUAACCUUAUUGUAGGUAUUCGUGAUACAGAAUCUGUACUACAAUUCUCUCAUAAGCUUAAAAAUGCGAAAAGAAUCAUAAUUAUUGGUAACGGAGGAAUUGCUACCGAAAUUGUACACGAGAUUAAAGGCGUGGAAAUAAUCUGGGUAAUUAAAGAUAAACACAUUUCCGCAACUUUUGUCGAUCCUGGAGCUGCCGAAUUCUUUUUAAACAAGAUUUAUUCCAAAUCCGAUAUGUCGGAAAAUAAAGAUACACCAACCAAAAGAAUGAGAUAUGUAGUAUCAGAUACCGCACCAGUUAAAAACGGAGCUGCUCUUGGUCCAGAUUGGCACAACAGUUUUGACAUGAGCAGUACACUUUUUACAUCUACAAAUGUACAAGUCGAGUACGAGUGUGAAAUAUCGAAAAUACUUACUUCUGAUGAGCAAAAACAGUCCAAUUCUACAGAAAAAUGGCCAAUCUAUGCACGACUAACAAAUGGUAAAAUUAUCGGGUGUGAUCUUAUUAUCUCAGCAACAGGUGUUAUUCCAAAUUCUGACAUACAUGGAUUAGAAGAUCUUAAAAAAGGAGAGGACACUGGAUUAUUAGUAGAUUGGAAGUUAGAAACUUCAAAGAAAGAUAUCUAUGCUGCUGGAGACGUGUGUACUGUAGAUUGGCCAAAAGCGAAACAUUGGUUUCAGAUGAGACUUUGGACACAAGCUCAUCAAAUGGGUCGUUACGCUGCAAAGUCAAUGGUCGCGACUUUAAGAAACGAAGAAUUCUUGCAAGACUUUUGCUUCGAACUCUUCACUCAUGUGACUAAAUUUUUUUCUUACAAGGUUAUCUUACUCGGCUUGUACAAUGGACAAACUUUGGAAAAGAAUUAUGAGAUACUUUUGCGAAUCACCAAAGACCAAGAAUAUAUCAAAAUUAUUUUACAAGAUGGCAAAAUGCAGGGCGCGGUACUCAUCGGAGAGACAGAUUUGGAGGAAAUGUGUGAAAAUUUGAUACUUGAUCAGUUGGACUUAAGUAUGUAUGGAGAAGAUUUGUUAAAUCCUAAUAUCGAUAUUGAAGAUUAUUUUGAUUAAGAUACACUAUUAAUUUGUUAAUAUGUGUGUUUGUCUUAAUUCAACUUUAUCGAACUUAAUUCUAAUAAAACUUGACCCAGUUGCUUGACUAUAUAUAUGUGUGCAUCAUUUUUAUUUGAUUUAUAAAGAUUUAUUGUCACUCUUGUGGCACACAUAAAUAUAGAUAACUUUACAAAAUCUUCACAGUCUUUUUUACAUAUACAGUUUUAUAAGAACUUAUAAAUUUUUAUCUAAUUCCAUGGAAAAUAAAUUUUAUAUUAAAGGG